AUGUUGUGCAAAAGAUUGAAACUGGUACUAUCUACUUUGGUGAAUAACACUCAAGCUGCUUUUGUGAGUGGAAGAUCACUAGUUCACAAUGUCCUUAUUUGUCAUGAUCUCCUAAGGCAUUAUAAUAGGAAAACUACUCCUAGAUGCCUCAUGAAAAUUGACCUGAGAAAGGCAUAUGAUAUGGUUAAAUGGGACUUCUUGGAAGAGAUGAUGCAUGGGUUUGGCUUCCCCAGUAGAUUUGUUGAGCUGAUAAUGUUGUGUGUGACAACCACCAAGUUCUCUAUCAAGGUUAGUGGAACCAUCUAUGGUUAUUUUGAGGGGAAGAGAGGACUUAGGCAAGGGGACCCCGUCUCCCCCUUGCUAUUUGUCCUAGUCAUGGAGUAUUUGUCUAGAGUGUUGAAUAAAAUGGGCAACUUACCAAAUUUCAGAUACCAUCCCAUGUGUAAAGGGCAGAAACUAACACAUUUGGCUUUUGCUAACACUGAGAAGUCCAAUAUAUUCAUAGCAGGUGUAGAUGAAGACAUGAAAGAGAGGCUAUUAAGACAAACUGGAUUUACUGGAGCAGUGUUCAUACUGCCCCAAAGUGUAGUAAAAGAAGUUGAUAAACUCUGCAGAGGGUUUUUAUGGGGCAACACUGAAGAUAAAAAGAAGAUCAACCUAGUAGCAUGGGAGAAAAUAUGUCAACCAAAGAGUCAUGGAGGACUGAAUAUUAAAAGGUGUAAAGUGUGGAACAUAGCAUCUGUGGGGAAACUCAUCUGGUGGAUAAUGGAAAAGUCAGACUUGUUAUGGGUCAAAUGGGUGCACGAAAUCUAUAUACACAAUGGUGAGGACUUCUGGACCCAUAUUCCACCAAAGGACAGUAGUUGGUACUGGAGAACACUGCACAAAGUGAAGGUGAGAAUGACAUCUUGGUACUCUGCUGGACACUAUAGAUUAACUGCAACAGGGAAGUAUUCUGUAGUGGGGGCUUAUCAGAAAUUAAUAGGUGAUGGGACAAAGGAGGAUAUAGCUGGCCUAAUAUGGACCAAACUAGCUCAACCUAAACAUAGGUUCAUAUUGUGGUUAGCAGCACAGGGGAGGCUACUCACUAAGGAUAGAAUUCAUGGGAUGGGCUUAUACUGUGAUACAAUAGAGUGUGAGCUGUGCGAUGGGAACUGGAUAUAA